UCCCGCAGCAAGAUGGCUGCGCCCGUGCGGGCCUGAGCGCGGUGCCAACCGCAGGCUUUGUUCCCGCAGCCGCCGCGCUUAGGGCACGGCGGUGCCAGCCGGGCGGGCACCCAUGCGCUGAGGGCGCUGCUGGGCUGGGCGCUGCUGCCCUCCCGGCCGGCUGCUGGGCUGCGCUCGGCUCUUGGCUGGGCUCAGGGCUCACGCAGGGUUUUUGGGGGGUUUUUUGAUCCCCUCCCCCCCUAUUUAAAAGCCCAACCCGGGAGGUUUGCGAGCCUCUGCCCCAGAGCCUAUGGCAGCCUUUGCAUGUCGGACCAAGAGUGUGGUCAUAGAGCUUCUUACUAAGUUAGAUGUAGAGGCUGCUCUCCCACGGCACGUUUCGGUCCCGCCAUAGCGUUUGGUUUCCAGGCUGGCGCAGUAUGGUGCCCCCGGGGAAGAAACCUGCAGGGGAGACCUCCAAUUCCAAUAAAAAGUGCAAACGAUAUUUCAAUGAGCACUGGAAGGAGGAGUUCACCUGGCUGGAGUUUGACUAUGAGAGGAAGCUCAUGUUUUGCGCCGAGUGCCGGCAGGCGCUGGUGAAGAACAAGCACGGUAAGGCCGAGAACGCCUUUACCGUAGGCACCGACAACUUCCAGCGCCAUGCCCUGCUGCGCCACGUCACCUCCGGUGCCCACCGGCAGGCGCUGGCCGUGAACUGGGAGCAGCUGGCGUUCGAGACCCGCGUCCACGGCCACCACCCGGAGCUGCGCUCGGUGAUCAAGGUGGAGGUGAACCCGGCGAAGGUGGCCGUGCUCACCACCGUCUACUGGAUGGCGAAGGAGGAGAUCCCGGAGGAGAAGUGCUCCUCUUUGCUCGACUUUCAGAAGUUCAACCUGUGCCAGGCGCUGCUGGCCCCCGAGCACAGUGACUUCUACCAGCCUGGUAGCAUCGGGGAGAUGCAGGCAGCCAUCGCCAAGGUCCUGCACAACGAGGACAGGCACAGGAUCAAAGCCUCUCCGUUCGUUGGGCUGGUGGUGGACGAGAUGGUGGACGUCCUGCAGCACCGCAGCCUCGCCAUGUUCACCACCACCGUCUCCCCCUGCAACGGGCAGACCAGCGCCACCUUCCUGGGGAGCUUCGAGCUGCCCACUGGGGAGGCCUGCACGGUGGCGGGCAAGGUGGGCGAGGUGAUGCACGCCUUUGGCAUCCCCACCAUGAAGAUCACCUGGCUCAGCGCCAACAGUGCCUCGCUGCUGGCUGAGCGGCCGAGCGGGGCGGGCACUGCGCUGACCUCCCUGUGCCCGCUGCUGACGGAGCUGCCCUGCCUGUCUCAUGGCAGCUCCCUGCUGCCCGCCCACGGCAUCGUCAGCAUCGAGUACCUCCAGAAGUACGAGACCACCCUGGACGCUGUGUACAGGCUCUCUUCCAGCUUCAGGGGGGGAAGCAGUGGCCUGCAGGAGCUGCAGAGUGUCCUGGACCUCUGUGAGAUAGACCUUGGGAGCCCCAAAGCCAUCCCCUGGACUUCUCUUUUCCCAGCCGUGGAAGCCAUCGAUGUCUCCUGGCCCACGCUAGUGCCGCUGCUGCAGAGCGAGGCGGAGCGGUCGCCUGUGGCUCUUGGCCUCUGUGAAGAGCUCAAGAAGUUCCAAUUUGUGGCCUUCACCAAGAUCCUCCUGGAUGUCCUCCCCAUCUUCCAGAAGCUCAGCCACUUCUUCCAGAUCGAGGACUUGGACCUCUCUGUGCUGAAGCCCAUUGUCUGCACCACGGCCACCACCCUGCAGGCCCAGAAGAGCACCAGCGGGCAGAACCUGCGGGAGUUCCUCAGUGAGCUGCAGGAGCAGCCGCAGGGCGAGCAGGAGGGCGAGAGUCGCCUCUACUACAAGGGCGUGGAGCUGGCCAACUGCUCCAAGGGGCACCUGAAGCACUUUGAGCACCUGAAGGAGAGCUACCUGGAAAGCGUGAGAGGCAACCUGCUGGACAGGUUCCCCAGCAGCGUCCUGGAGGCCGUCAGCUCCUUCUCGGCCAUCUUCAACCCCAAGUGCUACCCCCAGUCUUUGGAGGACAUUGGCAGCUACGGCGUCAGCGAGCUCAAUUUCCUGCUGCAGGCUUACUCGCGGGUGGUGGUGAGCGAGAGAGCCCUCAGCGACUUCCCCCUCUUCAAGCGGAUCGUCUUCAGCCUCGGGCAGCUCUCCUUCCAGGACCUCUGCGGCAAGCUGGUCUACAGCAGCUCCGAGAUGCAUGAGCUCUUCCCGGACUUCGCCGUGCUCGCCGCCAUCGCCCUGGCGCUGCCGCUGGGCUCGGUGCUGUCCGAGAAGAUCAGCCGGGGCCGGGAGCUGCUGCGGCGCGGCCGCUCGGGACGCACGGGGACCCAGAAGCUCUCCGACCUGGUGAAGAUCGCCGUGGACGGGCCGGCCCUCAGCGAUUUCGACUUCGCCUUGGCCAUCGAGUACUAUGAGAGCAUGAGGGAGUCCGGCUUCGUCGUGGCGCAAGUGAAGUGAACGGUGCUGGCGACGGCAGAGCCCUGCGGGCAGGGAGCCGAGUCCUGCGGGCAGCCACGGGUUUGAUGCCCGUCGCUGGUCUUUCCCCAUCGCUGCUUACCACCGGGACAGGCAGGCUGCUGGGGGAUGGUGACCUCCUCCGUGCUGAGGAGAGGAACAAAGAUCCUUAACGAAGCCAGGCUGGUCCCGUGCCCUACCCUCCCUCGCCCCCCAGACAUCCAACAGUUCUUGGGGCUGCUGAGUGCCCAGAUAGUGACGAGAAGCUUCCCGAGGGUUUGCUCUUCCUGAGUCUCAGGGAGCUGAAGGCAAAUCCCCUCCAGUGCUGCACUCCCUUCACACAGCAGUGCCCAGCAGCUUCAUGCCCUCGUCUGCAGAAACGUCUGAUGAGUGCUGCCUCGGAGCCUGCAGAGGAAUGCGGCAAAGGCAGCACAUCCUCCUAGCCCCGUUCACGCCCUGGGUGCCCGCUGAGGCCGUGCUGGUUCUCCUUGUGCCCAGCAGGGAGUAUUUUUAGCCAUGGCAUCAAGUCAGGAUCAUUUCAAGAGCAAGAGGUUCAGGGAACGAUGCUGCAAGCGCAGAGGCUGCGCAGUGCUGGCGUGCAGCAGGUGUGCAGGUGUGGCUGUGUGUAUUUAUACAAAGCUAUAUAAAUAUCUAUUGCAGAGCUCUGUCCUCCUCUGCCUGCACUCUGAAGUGCAGAGAUUUCGGAAGGGACGUUGCUUUGGUUUUUUGCAGUGGCAGAAUAAAUCAUAAGCAGGGUCCAAAACCAA